AUGGCAAGUCAACCAGAUUAUGCACCACCUUUCUCGCAGUGCUUCCUUUCACCAAAGAACCAACAAGACAUUGAAAGAGAUGAACAAAUCUACAACUCCUAUGAAAAGCUCACCUCCCAACUUCCCAUCCACCAUGACUGGCCUCCAUUUAAGCUCCAACUCUUCCAAUCCUUUUGGAUGCCUGCCAGGCUAAAUCCUGCAUACAUGGCAAUCCAAUCCCACUUCAACCCUCGUCCUUCGGACAUCAUUUUUGUUAUCAAUGCUAAAUCAGGUACCACAUGGUUAAAAGCUCUUUCCUAUGCCAUCCUCCACCGCCACUCCUUCUCCCUCUCUGACCACCCUCUUCUCACCCACACUCCCCAUCAAUGUGAUCCUUUCCUUGAAAAUCUAUUCUCUUAUGGCACCAUUCCAAAUAUCAGCGUCUUACCAUCUCCCACCAUCUUUGCUACUCAUUUACGUUUCUCUUUACAGCCUAAGACUCCUCUCAGCUGCCGCAUUGUCUAUCUCUGCCGUGAUCCCAAGGAUACAUUGUUAUCAUUCUGGAACUUCAAUAAAAGGUUGGGAAUUAGCUUGCACCAAGAUAAAAAGUGA